GGACAAUGUAACUUGGAAGCCAGAAUGACGGCUAAAGACUACGAGGUUAAGCUCGACCUGUCGAAGUUGGGAAGUGUGUCUCGCACCAUCCGAAAGGAAUCGAUCCAGGAAGGGGACAAGGUCGAAGUUAAAUAUAGCUGGGUGAGAGGGUCAAAAACACAAUCAUCUAUCGUUUUCAUCGCCGUUUUGCCUGGAAAAUGGUCUCUAUAUUCUCGGCACAAAGGUACCUCCAUGUUCAAGAACACAACUCCAGGUAGCCCCUUUCCCGGUAUUGAGAGCAUGAACGACAUACGUGGAAACCGGCGAUGGGUACUUGGCGUGUUUCGGGGCAUUCCUUUACCACCCAAAGAGAGGGAUUUCACGAAUAAUGCCAAGUACUUUGAGUGCCCAGGAGACCUGCGGCACAUCGAUACUUCUGAAUUUGAAGCGUGGCAAGCGGUUGGUGUGACCACUUUGGGCGACAAUCAAAUAGAUUUAUUGAAGUCGCAAUUAUGGCAUCAUUGGAGCAGCGGAUACUAUGACCAAAGACUCUGGAAUAGUCAAAAUUUCGUCGUAUACCUUGCAGUUCUUAUUCUGGAAGAGAGCUCCCGACAGGAAAAUUUCCAGGCGCUUCAUGACCUCCACUGGACUCUAUGGUGGAAACAGGAACACAAGUUGGCAUAUAUGAUGACCCGGAGACACCUCACAGCAAUGGCCGGAAUGGCCAUAUUUGGGAUUGCUACCUUUGGACUUGGUGCUAUAGGUAGUUGGGCUUAUGGAGGUUAUGGAAUGGUUGAGGCUGCUUUGGCAUCCGGGGCUCGUGGAGCUAGACUUAAACAUCUAGUCGAGCAGGAGCAAUUUUCGAUGCUUGGAGGCCUACUCGAGGGUGAUGAAAGUGAGUGAGAGGACUAUCAUGGUGUUAAAGUCGAGCUGAGGAAAACACCACAGCCAAGCUCCACAUCCAGUAGCUGCCAAGUCGUUCAUCAUUACCUAGUAUUUAUCAUCAC